GCCAUUUUAAAAUGAUACACUCAUUCGACAAUCAAAGAGCUAUCAAACACAACCCCACAACAACCACCACAACAACCACCAUUGCGCUCACCAACAAUGUGCUCCGCUUUGAAUAAUUUCAUGAGGGCCAACUUCCAAGGAAUGUCCGCCAAGAUGACAUCUGAAGCAAAGACACUACUUCCACAUAAUACCAUUGAUUUGGUCCAGGACAAUGCAUCCAUCCAUUCCACUGCCAAAUGCCCUUGGCCACAAUCCCCACCAAUGAGAGGGGAUCACGUCAGCAGCAAACUCGUUCACAGGAUGAAACACUCCCAGAGGAAGCAACGAAGAGUUCCAACCAAAUGGUCUUACCCUGCGAUCGGAAAGGAUUUCACAGAACCUUGCCUAGCAGGGUCUUGCACCUGCCCCAAGAUGCCUAAGAGACGACUCAGUAUGGACAACAUGAAAGAAGAGAUGCCCCCAGAGAGUGACGGAUCCAUUUGUACAACUGAUAAGGACAGCAAAAUGGUGGCCAACGCUGCAUAGUUGAUCAUGGGAAGAACGUUACAGAGACCGAAAACAAACUCCCGCCCCCUUGAAAACAGACCCAGGACUUACUAGUGUACAUACUAUUGCUGUCAUACCGCAGCAGGGUGGGUUGCUUUAUUCAAAACUACUAAUGGCGUCGCUUGUUUUUACGACCGUACUACCUGACUACAAGGUUAUGAAACACCAUACCUCACACCAUACCACACGAUGGCUAGCUCUACCGGUAGCUGGGAGAGAUAUUACGAACAAGAUUGGUCAUUCGCAGGCAUAACCUAC